AUGUGGAUUACACUAACUCCAAGGCUAAAAAAAGGCUUAGAAAUAGUAGAACAGCUGGAAAACUCAAAAUUCCGUCAGCUGGUAAGCCAUAUCUGUCAAGGACUCCACUCAGAAAGUGACAAAAUUUUCAGCGAAGAUGAAGAGGAAAAACUUAUGCUGUCUCUCAAUUUAAAAAAAGAAAAUCUGAGUUUAUUGCUUGACACAAUAACUUUUGUUUACACUCAAGCCGGGUUCAGCAUGGUCGAGUCAGCUGAGAUGGAAAGUUUUAUGAAAUCAUGCUUUGGAAUUUCCGACGACAAAAUCUCAAUAUUUGUCAACACUUGGACAACUUAUUCCCAGCAAAUAAUUGAAGUGUUGCGUCGUAAAUCUGUAUUUCCUAAUCAAGUCCACGAUAUUAAUUGGAGUUUCAAUAUCCAAGCAUCUUCUCCAGCCCACGCUGCUGACAAUAAACCAGUCUUAUUAUUGCAAUUAAACACCACCGGAGAAUCCAAACCUCUUACAGUAGAAAUGGACAAGCCGAGCUUAUCAGACUUGUACGAAAAUUUAGAAAAAAUUCAACGCCAGCUCGACGCUCUCAAUUAA